AUGACCGGUUUCCCCAAGUACAGCGGCUUUGCUUCCAUGUACGAGGUGCACAAAUUCAUGGACUUGGACCAGAAUGAGCUUGGUUACUUCAUUACCCAAGUUGCCAUGGCUGCUGCCUCCUUUGGUGUCGCUCAGGACGACCUCAAGGCAGUCGGUAUGGCUUUGAACCAACUCUUUGGCAUGCGCUGCAGCCCGCCUGCCACGGCCAUCCCAGAGCAGGGUCCUCAACUGCAGGCUAUCUGCAUUCAGGACAGCUGCCCCAUCUCUACCAACUCUACCUGCGCUAGUUACCAGCCAGCCAUGGCCCCGAAGAAUGCCACUGCGACGGGAGGCAUGAACGCCACCAUGACUUCAACGAUGACGGGAGCUACCAUGACCUCAACAAUGACUCCGAGCACAGUUCCAACGGCAGGUGCUGCUGUUCAGGGCGUCAGCUUAGCUCUCAUCGCCGGGCUGCUGGCUUGCCUCAUUUGA